AGAUUUGAAAUGCUCUUUCCUUUGUAUCCAUGCAAAGUACAGAAUUUUCUAAAAAAUAAUUCAAUGGGACCAGGCUAAAGCAGAAGGCCCCCAAUGAUGAACAUUAUAGAUGCAGGCAUUUUGGAGAUCAAAGAUGGGUAGAAAAGAUGCCUCCACUGUAAAACUUCCUGUUGAUCAGUACAGAAAGCAAAUUGGUAAACAGGAUUAUAAAAAAACCAAACCUAUUUUACGGGCAACCAAAUUAAAAGCAGAAGCAAAGAAGACAGCAAUAGGAAUAAAGGAAGUUGGCCUUGUACUUGCAGCUAUAUUGGCCCUCCUACUGGCUUUCUAUGCUUUCUUUUAUCUCAGACUGACUGCAGAUGUUGACCCUGAUCUGGAACCUGAUGAAGAGUAGCUGAGCAGCAAUCAAUGCAUUUUAAGGAAAUAAUUUUAUAAAAUCACCUCUUGAGACCAGUGCUUUCUGAAAUACUGAAACGACAACAUCUUGAAUUCUUUUUGCUGGUAUUUUCAGUUUGCAGAUACAUCUUUUUAAAUAGUUGCAUAAUAUAUCAAGAAAAGAACCUUAACCUAGCAAUGUAGUAUAAUGUAUGCUACCGAAUGCUUUUAUAAAUCUUUCUGCUUUGACAGGCAACCUAUUCAUGGUGCAUUUAGAUAAAAUGGAAAACAGAUCCCAAAUUCUUCAGAUGUGUCAGCCAAUCUAUGUUUGUAACUCCAUCACUUACAGAUUACUAAAUCUGUUUUUUUUCUACGUAUAUAUGAGAAGUAAAAGUGUAUAUCCUUAUUUACAAAAACAUACUUAAACCACAAAGCCGAAGAAGGAACAAGAAGUCAUGGGAAAUUUUUCAAUUUACGAAGAAGUCCUGCUUUCUUUCCAGACAUAUUUUGUAUCAUUAGAAAGACUAUCUGCACAUACAUCUACAGUAAUUUUUUUCUGUCUUUGCCAACUGUUCAGUGCACAUGUGCUCCAUCAGAAAUGGCACCUGGAUGGCAGAAGCGCAAAGAGCCACAUAAUGUCUCUAAAAUAGAGUUCCUUUCCUCUUAGGCUGUCUAAACUGAUGUAAAUAGAAAGUUCAGUUGAUCUUGAUUUUAAUUAACUGAUUACUCUAUUAAUAUAAACUUGGAAUUCUAUUUUAAUUAUGUUGUUCUGACUUCUUGCAGUAUCAGUUUGCUCUUCUUGUUAGGAAUGUAUGUAGCAAUCUGUCAUUUAAUUGUGCGGUCUUCUUCCUAUAACAAUAAUAGAAGUCCUACCUACUCAGUAAUUUUUGUGAGUUAUCUCUUAAAGCUGAACAAUACAAAGUUGUUUUAAAAAAUUACAUUUUGUCUCUUGACAGAUAAUCAUUUAGAACUCUUUCAUGAAAAAUAAAUAGAAGAAAAUAUGUCUCAUAUUACUUGCAUAUGCAGU